AUGAGAAGACGUUUCACUAGUCAAAAGAACACUAACGCAAAAGCAGAGAUUACGGUUGGUUAUAACGUAAAUGAUGAUAAAUCACGAAUUAUUCAAAAUGUUAAAGUUAAUGUUAGCCCUGAAUUAACAAGGUCAGCAACUCAACCAAAUUUAUUAACUCGUGACUUACCGAAGAAUGAGGAGAAUGAAGAAAACCAUGAGAAUGGAGACCCAAUCAUUUUAUCUGAACCUGGUAAAGAACCUGUUGAAAUUCCCACUUAUCCAACAUACCCCCCACCUCUUUCAUCAAACAUCGAGAACCCAUAUAAAAUAGACAUUAAUUCUGAAUUAAUGAAAAUUUACCGUGAUAUAAUAAUUAAUAAUUAUGAUUCAAUAAUAAAUUUAAUUGACCAAUCCGGUUUAAUUAUUUUACCUUAUGAAUCAUUAAUUCACAUUAUCGCCAUUCUUUGUGAUGUUCAAGAUUCAGACGUUAAGAUUCAAUUUUUCAUAGAUGAUGAGGUUUCAUGCUGCGGAACA